GUUUAUUUAAGUCCGAUCGCUCAUUGCAUAUUAUUCCAGCUUUGCGUUGGGAGAGCACUCGUUCCUCUGGCUAUAUAGACCCUGCAGGAGGCCUUGGUGCUGGUCCAGAAUGGUCUUUCUGACCAAGCUGAAGGUAAUGAACAUGACACAUUUCAGCAAGCAGCUGACAACUCUCUGGGGGCAGCAUCAGCAUCUGAUACCAGCCAGGACAUGCAGCUUGGCCACUUGUACUUAUAAAAACAGAUACGCUUCAUGUAAGUAUCUAUAUUUGUUAUCCUUCUUGUUAGAAGUGCAUCGCCGGCACCUGUGUGAGGAUGAGGCAACACAUAGCAGAAACUGUGAGGGUGAAAGCCGUUUAUGAAAGUUAAGAAAAAUGGUGGUCAUUAUUUCAGAUGAGAAAGAACCCAGAGGGAAUUUUAUACUGUGAUUGAAACGGGGGGAAAGAAAUAUAAUUUUGCAAGAGGGGGGAAUAAAGGAGAAAUUGAAGAUUCACUGCCAAUGUUCAGUGGACUUUCCUCCUUGCCAGCUGCAUAGGAAUAAAAUGUCACCCUUUAUGAGUUUGCUGGUACAUUUGAGUUAGUAAUUAUUCUACAAAUUGUGAGUUUGCUGAAAGCAGCAGCUGUAAUGGUUAUACGAUAUGAAAUUGAAUGUAAGUCAUUAGCUAUCUAAUAGGAGCCAAACUGAAUAGGAAAAAGUUUUCAUUCUUGCCAGUCAGCCUGAAUGCCAAUGCCAUAAAUACUGAGCUUCUACAAAAUAUGAGAGAGGAGGAAAAUGAGAACUGUUUGGAUUUAACAAGAGCUGGGUUGAAACUGCCUCUGGAGCAGAAGCUCUCUGCAGGGCUAUACUUCUAAAAAUGGGUGCUGGGGAUGAAGCUGCCUGGAAAAUACACAGAAAAACCUGUCCCACAAUUCUAAAGGUGCAAGUGCAGGCUGUGGUUGAUGGGUGGAGCAGAAAUGCAUUCUGUGCAUGCUCAGAGUAAUUUCCAUCUUUAUGAUUAGCCCACGUGUUCUGCAGCUUUCUUAACUGGAUUUUGUACUGGCUCGGAUGAAACCUGACCGCGGGUGAAUAAUUUCCCCCCAGACGCAGCUUUCCAUCUUUAAAGUGGGGGUGUGCACAACCCACCUCAUAAGAUUUCUUAUGAGAAUGAGGGAGCUAAUUACUUGUGAAGAAUUUUGCUCCAUAAUAAAUGACUGCUUCUUGAAGAAGGAUUAGGUGUGCGAAGUAAUUGGUGUGUUUGUUCUAGAGAAUGAGAGAUGGUGUAAUACCACAUUAUUAUUGAUACUUGGGCAAUGUCACACUUUUUCUAAAUGUCCAUCCUUGUGUUCCUCUACAUUGAUUCGUCUUUUUUGACAAGUGGCAGGAAAAGUUAAGCUUAACGUUUCUGUAGUGUUCCUUGCUGAAAUCCCCAAUGUGGAAUCUUCAGACAACAUGCUUGGUGCCCACCAAGGUCACCUUUACUUCCUUCUUUUAAUGUAAUGGGUAUUUUGUGAUGCCCACAACUGUUUCCUAGAUUUCCAAAUGUGCCCAAGAAAGUGGAGAGCAAAAACCCUUUGCCAUUCAUUGCCUGUCUAGCAUUUGAAGAAGCCAAUGACAAGGAAUGAUAUUCACAUAUAUACAUUAUUGUAAAUCCUUUAGUAAUAUCCUUGAACUUGGAACUCUAUCCCACGCUACUGUGGAGGAUAUUAAGAGUGAUUCAUUCAAGUUUGUAUAAAAUUUGCUGGUGCAUUGUUCACUUAAGGAACCAAGCCAACAAACUUUGGGGUGUUUUCUGACCAAUGUAUGCAAGAUUUUCUUAAAAAGAGUUUAAAUUGACAGGUUUGUGUUUCAGGAAAAACUGAAAACACAGAACAAAGCAGAACUAAAUUCAUUCAGAACAAUGUCAAUUGAUAAAGUGGAACUAAUUGCACUAAUGAUUCACAUUAAGAAAAACACAUUUCUUGGCAGCACAAAAGCCAAAAUAAGCUGUGUGAAUGAUCCACAAAAAUAAUAAUAAUCCAAAAUCCAGUCAGGCAGCACCUUCACAAAAUAGUAAAUGAACUUAUAAGCUUUUGGAUACAAAUCAGUAAGGACAUUUUUCAGUUUGGGGGCAAAAUAAUGAAAAUAAGGUUGAGGCAUUUUUGUUGGUCCUAACAAAGGUACUGCUGACUGUGGGGUUUGGAAUGUUUCCUAGAAAAGAUUAAUCUGCAAAAACUACUACUUUUGAAUAGAAAACAAGAUCAAGGUUUUUAAGGACUCCUGCAACUUAAGGAGCAAAAUAUACAAUUUCUAACCAUAAAAGGCACAGCAUUUCAUAAUUUCUGUGCUAUUCUCCAUCAUUCCAGCCUCCCCCCACUGAGGCACAAUUAUUGCCAGAUCUCUUUAAUGCUAAAGCAAAUCCACAGGAAAUUUUGAGUCAUUUAUUCCCAUCUUAGUACAUGGUAUGACUCAGAAGUGUGUCUGUAACAGGGAGUUUCCCCUUUCUGGCCUUUCAAAAUGUUUUCUGAAACCAAUGCAAACAGCCUAAAAAACAUCACUUUCCAUGCCCUGCUCUCAGCGCCAGAGUUUUAUUCAAGAAGCGCAGGUUAUAAUGUGAUAUAUACAGUAUAUAGCUAGCUAUGAUGAUGAUUAAAAGCAACACGUCUUCUCAUUUUUGCAGCCUUUGCAUGCUUACUCAGAACUAUAUUUCAGUGAUUUCAAUUAAAUUUAUUCCCAAAUGAGUGGUCUUAGGUGCGUAGGCUCAUUGAGCCAAGCCCAUGACAACCUUUAUCUUGAUCACUUACACAAGGCCCUGUAGCUCACUAUUCCACUCCCAUUUUAUAGGUGAGAAACUGAGGAGGCUGGUCCAUCAGGGUGGGGGUUGCCAAGUGGGUAUUUUGUUUCUGUUGUGAAUACACUUGACAGAGUCAAAUUUAUUUGUGUGAACUACCAGUAAUGGGACGCGGGUGGCCACAGAGCAUAGGACUUGCUGAUCAGAAGCUCGGAGGGUCGAAUCCCCGCAACAGGGUGAGCUUCCGUUGCUCAGUCCCAUCUCCUGCCAACCUAGCAGUUUGAAAGCACGUAAAAGUGCAAGUAGAUAAAUAGGUACCACUCCGGCGGGAAGGUAAACAGCAUUUCCAUGCACUAAUCUGGUUCGCCAGAAGCGGCUUAGUCAUGGUGGCCACAUGACCCGGAAGCUGUAUGCCAGCUCCCUCGGCCAAUAAAGCGAGAUGAGCAUCGCAACCCCAGAGUCGGCCAUGACUGGACCUAAUGGUCAGGGGUCCCUUUACCUUUAACUUUACCGGUAAUAGGGCCCCCCAUGCGGACUGCACACAGGGCACCACAGAUCAUAAAGCCACCACUGGUGGUCUGACUCAUUGUAUGUUCCAAACAUAAGAGUAAAAAAAGUAGAGCAGCAUCCAUGGUGCAAAGGCCUCCUGAAAUAAAUCCAUUUGAACCUGAUGCCUGAAAUUUGCACUCUCAGAUCCAUCCAGCCCUGUAUUCCCUUUCCCAUAGCAUCUAAGGCAGGUAAUUCCCUGCACCCACAUGGCCUAGAUUUUCUCUGAGCACUCUCCAAAGACCAGCAUGUCCAAUGCAGGCCACAUUUACACUAAUCAAAGAAGUUUGACUUGAUCCACCUCUCGUUGUCUUUUCCAACCUGGUGAUCUCUAGAUGGUUUGGAUUUUUAUCCAGUUUCUCCCAAUACUUCAGCCUAACAAGCAGCUCAGCCAGAUCCGCAAUAUAUCACCCCCACCUUCGGAACAACUUGCUGUUCCUGCAUCCUCCCCACCUGACACUUCUAUUUCAAGCGCAUUUUGGGCAGGAGAAAACAACUUUGCCCUCCCUGUCUUCAGGCAACCAAGUGACAGUCAGAUGCCUCCAGGCAGACAAUGUGAUUAUACUGCAUGGCCAACCCCACCCAUCUCUGUUGUUUGUUAUCCUAAGUCAGCCUUCCCCAACACAGAGCCCUCCAGAUGUUUUGGACUAGAACUCCCAUCAUCCCCAGCCAUUGCAGCCAUAUGAUGCUGAGACUGAUGGGAGCUGUAGUACAUAGUCUAUGAAGAGGACACCAGCCUGCCAAAGGCUGUCCUUAGCCACACCUGGGUCUGUUGGACCUAAUAAAAGAGGCACUGAGAUAAUGGGAAUACAAGCACUGUUGAUGUGCUGGUUGUUGUCAUGGUUGCCAGAAGUAUGUCAAUCCCUUCUCAGUUCCACUGUCUGGAGGUCACACAAUGUUAAUAGGAACUUUAAAGCAUUUUUUUAAAAACACACCUGCUUUUCAGCCAAAAAAAGGCCUCCAGAGUGGUUUCCAGAUGUCAGUGAUAAGACAGUCCCUGCCCUCAGGCUUACAAUCUAAAAGACAUGAGACAAAAAGAAAGGGAUUUGGCAAGGAUGCGGAAGAGGGAAAAGGCAAACUUGGUGCUUGCAGAUGGGGGAAGAGAGUGACUUGUAUUGCAAAUGGGUUGUUCAGAUCUCCUGUAUCACAUCAUUACAUCACUUGGAUAUCAGCUGUGCGUGGAUGUAAAAAGGCCCUGUAGAAACUGCCCUUUUCCUUAAUACCACUCCUAUCUAUGCUGAGUGGGGUCAGGAAUGGCAACAGCGCUGAGUCAUCCUACAUGCCGCUUCUGAAUUCAUAUGUUUAUGUCCUCUCUCCUCUUUCAUUUUUCACAGGCAAUGCUGCAUAACAAGUUUCAGACACAGUCCAGAGCACCUUCAGAUAGGAAAUUUUUUUUGCAAGGGGAGGGGUGAAAAUACCAUCUGUAUUUAUUCUUUGUUGAGGCCUGAAAGGGAUUAAAGCCUUAGUCAAGUGAAGCUGGCAAUUUCCUGGUUCGAAAGAGUGACAUCCUCCCAAACAGAACUCUGCCAGGCAAACAGAUUAUGCCGAUUAUGGCAAGAUGUGUCUCAGCGAGAAAAUGUGCUUAUUAUUCUUUGUACAGUGCACCUAGCGCCUUCCUGGCCUUCACAGGCAAAAAGAGAAAGGUCCUUGCCUGCAAGGAGUUUACAUGUUGAACAACAUAAUUUGGGGUGGGUGGACUAUAGUAUCUUUGCCCCACUAUAGAUGAGUCCCUGUAGCAAACACUUUCUGAACUGGAUCCCACUUCAACAGAUGCAUGAAGUGUUACUCUUGCUUUUCACGUAUAUUAUACAAAUCAGGAACGGAGAAACUUUUUGGGGAACUAACUUGUAGACCAACUUUUACAGGUGGGUGGGGCAAUCCACUUGUCAAUCACAUGAUGUCACUGCUUCCACAUGAUGGACAGGUGGGUUUUCCCUUGUCAAAAUCCAUUGCAGACCCCUUGAUCCUGUCUAAACAAAGGGGUGGGGCGGGACUGCACAGCAGUUUCUCCAACCCAUUUAAAGAUCACUGCUGAAGUGGCAACCUAGUGCAGAAACUAUCUACAAGACAGACAGGUUUUUGGGGUUUUGUUUUUAAAGAGGCAGAUUGGAUGGGUAGGGAAUAGGGAUGAUUUGAAAUAUUUAUGGCACUGGGAGGAGAUGUUGGGGAUACAAAACCACCUAUAUUGGUUUGGACGUGCAUAUGAAGGAGACAAAACAACAAAGAAGCAACAUAUUCAGCCAUAUAAAUUUGUUUUAUGUUUGGAAAUGUAUCACCAUGGCAAUUAUACUAGCUCAGCCUGUAACGAAAAGCCUCUUUGUUAGAAAGGAACAGUUUCCAUUUCCCCUGCCCACAUCCUAUUCAGGGGUUUGUUUGUUUUGCUACAAAAACUUUUUUUAAAAAAAGUAUUUUCUUUAAAAAAGCAGAUGCCUCCCCCCCCCUCACCUCCGCCAAAUAUUGCAGUUUGGAUCAGAGUUCUUACUCCAGCGGAAGAUUUAAUUGAAUGCCCUUUCAGAUAUUUUCUAGUCACAAUAUUAGGCAAAUAUGAAUUCACAUUGACAUGGAAAAGUACAGAGAGCUUAAAACACAACGUCACCGAGUCAAGAUAAUUGUGUGUCAUGCUUGAAUGUUGACACUGACAAAACACAGCCCCUUAUGGAAACUUACAAUAGUACAAGCACACUACAAACUGAAAUCCCUGUUCCCUCCAGGUUGUUUCUUGCCUACUGAAGUUUAAGAUGGGGGGGAUGACCCUGAGAAAGAGCAUUAAUUGUCCUAAUCACCAUAUUGAGCAGUCUCUCAUAAACAUAGCCACUCUUUUUUAAAAAAAACAAACUAUUAUUCUGUCUGCCCUUCACUGUAAUAAGUGCUACUUCUACUUUUGGGGACUUCGGGCCAGACAAAUAUUACAACAUACCCACUGUCUGUAUUUGCUAUGUUCAUUGUUAUUAUUUAACCCAUUUAUCCCACCUAUUUGCUCCUCUGGCUUUUGGGGGGAACAGAUACACCUCCUGCUGCUUUUAGAAAAUAAUUAUUUCUGUUUACUUUCUUUGGACUACCUUCUUCCGCUUGUGCUGUCAGUAAGCAACCUGCCAGAUAACACAGAAAUCUGUCAGAUGGCAAGCAGCCAGGAAAAGCAGCGCAUUCAUCGCUUGCUACAUGAAGAGGAAAGUUUGUUACUCAUGACUUUUUGUUACUGUUUCACACACUGACUAUGAAAUGGAUAAUUUUACUAGGUGUGUAGUUUUGAACCACUCUACUGCUACAACUUGUUGAUUUCAGCAGUGUGGGCAAAAACCAGUUUCCUGUCUAUCCACAUGAUAAGGGAAUCCCAGGAGUGAUCAUCUGUCCUCAGCUAUUUGCGUAGGUAGACAGAACACAACUGCUCUUAUCAAUUAAUGGUGCAAUCCUGCCCUUUCCCUUACUUUUAUCCUUAGGCAAACUUUUAAAGCAACAUAUCUUUCCAGCAAUAAAACAAACGGGUUCAUCUUUUUUAACCUUACAUGCUUUUCUUUCAAUGUAAUCCCUCCCCUUUGAUGUUCUUUCCAUCCUAAGAAACUGUUCCAACACGUUUUAAAAGCUCUGAAUGAAUAUUCGCUCCAUAGGAGCCAACUCCUAGAGUCCGAAGUCCCUUCAGACCCCCUACUAAAAUAUUUGAGGGCCCUGGGAGUCUCUUCCAAGGUGUCUCUUCCAGUCCUGGAGAGGCCCAUUGGCAAUUGUACCUGGGAGACAUUCUGCAUGCAGAAAGUGCUCUACUACUAGAAGCCCACAAGUGCAGCGCAAAGGCAACAGAAAUCCCCUGCUGCUGCAUCCAAGUGUGGGAUGUGAAACACAUAGCAGUCAAGUACAACAUUCCUAGAAUGAACAUGCAAGGGGGUGCUUUGUAUGCAGUCAGGAUAAAAUUUCCUGUUUCCUCCUGAGCUGUGACAAACUUCCUCUGCAUGCGACUAGAGGCCUGUGUGUGUGAGAGAGGGGCCUAAUCCGGGCAAGAAGGAGCACACAUUCUUCUCUUGCUGUCUUCUUCUCCAUUUUGUUUUCCUAUGUGUUAGGAGAAGUGACUGCUCAGUCGCAGUCACUUGGGACUAACUCCUUUAUGGGAUAGUUCAUGUAGUUCUGUACUUUUGCAACCUAAGUCUGCCUUCAGGGAUCUAACUGUGAACUGAAAGAUUGUGAGUAAACUACUUUUAUGUUGACUUUCAUAAGAUUGUUGUUUCUAUUCUUUUUAAAAGGGACAAUAAGGGGCCUUACCAGGAAUCUUAAACAGUGGUACCUCAGGUUAAGUACUUAAUUCGUUCCGAAGGUCCGUUCUUAACCUGAAACUGUUCUUAACCUGAAGCAUCACUUUAGUUAAUGGGGCCUCCUGCUGCCGCCGCGCCACCGGAGCACGAUUUCUGUUCUCACCCUGAAGCAAAGUUCUUAACCCAAGGUACUAUUUCUGAGUUAGCAGAGUCUGUAACCUGAAGCAUAUGUAACCUGAAGCGUAUGUAACCUGAGGUAUUGAGAGGCUCAGACAAGCCUGCAACAAGCAAACCGCUGUGCGUUUAAAGGGGAAUGUUACUCUGCUAAGAUACAGAACUUGCUAACACAAGUUAGGAAGGAUAUCAUUAAACAAUAUAUCCUCUCCUGCCUCCCUGAACAUUCCCACGCUAAGACCCUGGCCUCCUUGCUUGUUUAAUCCACAGAGUUUUGCCCAAGUGUUUCUCCCUCCUCCCACCUGAAGUGGGCCUCUCCUUCUGCUUGCAAUCAGGUCUAUGCCCCUGGAGGAAAAAACUCCCUCAAACAUCAUCUGGCUCUCAAGCAUCUCUAGACGACUGAGCGCUGGAGAUAAAUCUUCUUGCAAGAGCCAUCAGAGUGAUCAUGGAAGAAUUUUCGUUGAUACGCAGCAAUUUGAUACAUUUCUGCUUAGUUUGUUAAAAGCUUUAUUUUUAUUUUUUCAGUGCUCAUAUGUAACCAACCCCCACCCCAAAAAUAUUUAGGAACAAACCUCAGCAAAGAGAUGCCACUUGAUCAGAAUAUCUGAUGAGCACAUAAAUAUGCAAGAUGGAUGAGAUGGCAUUAUAACACUUAUCAGUUCGCUCAAGGAACCAUUGUAAGUAAAGGACUCUGGUCACUAAGGUGUAUAUUUACUCCCUGCCUGAGGUAUGUUAAAGAAUUGUUCCCAACAGUUUAUUUUAGGGAUCAAUCCAAACCUCACAAAGCAAGGCUAAAAUUAAAGUUAUAAAAAAUCCUCUAAAAGUCCAGAAAAAAACAGUCUUCUCCCUGGGCAAAAGUGUUAGUUUAGAAGGCAUUUAAGAACCUAGAAUCAACUAGGUAAACGUAAGUAUUAGGUAAACGUAAGUAUUAAGGCUUCCUCAACAGAAGCAUAGGGUUAGUAACUCAGUAUGUGCAUUUGAAUUCCUUAACAGAUCCGUCUACGUUGGAAUUUUACAUGGGAGUUCAAAUGCAAGUUUACAGGUGGGGAGGUGGAGCCUGCCAUCUCCCCACCCAUGACUGAACAUGCACAUUGAAUUAUGGGAUGGGGCUAAUGUUUCCGAGGACUCACAACCUGGUGGUCCCUCUGUCUUCAGAGUGAUGCUCGUGAGAGUUGGAUUCCUUUGUGUUUUGGGCAACAUCAGAGGGUGGACAGGCAGGUUCCAAAUCUUUUACGCCUUGCGUCUCACACCCUUAGGGUCCUCAGACAGAUUGACAGGGGAUAGGGCGCUAUGCCUGGGUCCAGUCACAUUUUCUGCAGGGCAGAGAAAGAAAAGGAGAAGGCUGGAUGAGAUCAGGGGAUGCAGAUUCACAAAACAUUCUCUCUUCAAACUUCACAUGGAUUUGGUCAGGAAGCCUCGCAGAGAGCAGAAAAUACUCCCUUCAAGUUAGUAGAGGCAAGUCAAGGACAAAGAGAAUGUAGUGGCUACUUAUUAAGAUAAACAGUAGUACCUUGGUUCUCAAACACCUUGCUACUCAAAUGCCUUGGUUCCCAAACGCCGAAAACCCGGAUGUAAGUGUUCCGGUUUUCAAAUGUUUUUUGGAAGCCGAACAUCCGAGGAGGCUGUCAGCUAUUGUUUCCGGGCCACCUGCACCAAUCAGAAGCUCCACCUUGGUUUUCAAACAUUUCGGAAGUCAAAGAGACUUCCGGAAUGGAUGAAGUUUGAUGGUUUUGUUUUUGCUAUUUAUUUUGCGUUUUUGUUUUUGAGGCUUUUUCGGUUAAUUUGUUUUGGUGACUGUGUGGAACCCAGUUCAGCUACUGAUUGAUUGACUGUGGAAAUGGAUAAAAGCACGCCCCCCAUCCAAACAAUGACUAUCAUCAGUGCAGGUAAGUGUUAUGAUUUAUAUAUGUGAGAAUAUAUAGAAUUCCUAUAUGUUCAUAAAUUGACAAGGCAGACACAUACAUAAGUAUAUAAACUAUGUGUCUGAAAUAGUACAGGAGAGCAAUCCCAAAACCAUUUUGACUCCCCCAAAUUGACCUCAAAUGUUUAUCUGCAAGGAGGAAGGAAAUGGGAAAGCCUCCCCAUUGUCUCUUUGAUCACAAAUCCUGUCUUAAGGGCAUAUCUGUAUAUGAAUAGGGCGAGCCUGUGACCUGGACUGAGGAAUUAAGUAUUUAUCAUCACAAAACUAUCCGUAUAGUUAAAGCCAUGGUUUUCCCAGUAGUGAUGUACUGGGUGAGAGUAGUGAUGUACUAAGUGAGAGUUGGACCAUCAAGAAAGCUGAUCGCCGAAGAAUUGAUGCUUUUGAAUUAUGGUGCUGGAGGAGACUCUUGAGAGUUCCAUGGACUGCAAGAAGAUCAAACGCAUCCAUUCUUAAGGAAAUCAGCCCUGAGUGCUCACUGGAAGCUGAGGCUCUUCAUGAGAAGAGAAGACUCCCUGGAAAAGACCCUGAUGUUGGGAAAGAUGGAGGGCACAAGAAGAAGGGGACGACAGAGGAUGAGAUGGUUGGACAGUGUUCUCGAAGCUACAAAUAUGAGUCUGACCAAACUGCAGGAGGCAGUGGAAGACAGAAGUGCCUGGCGUGCUCUGGUCCAUGGGGUCACGAAGAGUCGGACACGACUAAACAAACAAACAAAAAAUCACAAAAUAAUGGCCAGGCUCUCCAGGUAAACCCAUUAACAGGUUUCCUGCCAGACAGGAUUCUGCUGUAGACCGCCCCUUCUGUGAUGUAUGUAUGAUGUAUUGGGGGGUGGUCUUGAGCUACAGGGUGGCAGUUUCCAAAGUCUAUAUAAGGGCUUGCACACCUUUGUUCUGGGUUCUUCCUCCCUCCUGCGGGGGUGGGUGGGAGAGCGCCCUGUUGCAUCAGUUUAAUAAAGAUCAGGCUUGCUAGCUGCUUUGCUUCUCAAUAUUCUCUGGCUGGCCUCUGUUUUUUUUCUCCUACCAAUAGAACACCUACAUAAGGAACCUACAUAUAUGGGCUCUUGGGUACCCCAUAAGGGAAAAGGAGCAGUUUUUUUCUCACAACAUAAGAAAAAUAAUAAUUAUAAUCUACAAUACUGUCUUAUUUAUUUUAUAGUACAGUACAUUGAUUAUUGCUUUCAUUUUAUGGAUCAAUGAUCUCAGUAGAUAGUAAAAUUCAUGUUAAAUUGCUGUUUUAGGGGUUGUUUUUAAAAGUCUGGAACGGAUUAAUCUGUUUUGCAUUACUUUCUAUGGGAAAGCGGGCCUUGGUUUUGGAACGCUUUGGUUUUGGAACAGACUUCCGGGACGGAUUAAGUCUGAGAACCAAGGUACCACAGUAUAUAUUUAACUCCCACAGCUCCAGUAAAAGAGACAUAAUCCCAGAGCUGGACAGGACAAGAUCUAUUGAUAGUGCCAUCUCCCUGUGCAAAUGGAAGAUCCAGCAACUCAGGGGUCCUCACAGCACACCAGUGCUUCCCUUUCAUUUUGCAAUGUCCACGGGUUGCUUCAUUUCUGUCUGCAUUCACUAGUAGGAGUGGCCAGAUGGACUAUGCUUGGUGGGGUAUGUGCAUCACCUAGUCUCCAGAGACCUGCAGUGUGGUUUCCUCUUCCCAGACACUUCCUUGAUCAGUGCCAGAAAAUUACCUUACUCCUUUGUUUUCCCUCCAAGCCUCUUAUCAGGAGAAGGGCAGCAAUUAGCUUAGGGCCCCUCCAUAAAGCCUUUAUAUCAUGAAUUCAUGAUUGUGGGUGUCAGGGUGAUUACUAUGAAUACCGUUUGCGCCUGCAGAGUUUCAGAGCUGACACAGCUUCGUUUACAAUCAGUGCACAUCCUGCAGCUCCCUGCUAAAAUCCUGUAACUUUUCUCACCACAGAUUUUCUGGAGUGGGGUCAUUUGUUUCAACCACUUAAUACCGAACAGGGCAAGUUUAACUUACAAAGUUAAGACCACAUAGCAGUGGGGUUUUCAUAACUGUUUUCCGUCUGCUUCAGCAGCAAAGGGGAAGCAGAACAGCAGGGAGCACCAAGUGGAAGGAAGUCUUGGGAGGAAUAAAUAUCUCUUCCCAAGUGGAAGUGGAGCAUUGCAGUGCAGUUGCUGCCUGGGGCUGGAAAACAGGAGAGAGGAGCGCCAAGGUUGUGCAAGCUAUAUAAAUUUAAAAAUUUACCAGCCAUUCUGAUCUUCCCGGCUCUUGAGUAAUUUUGCAGCCCUCAAGGUUCUUCCUCUCUUCCUCCAUAGCCUUCAGCUGGGCUUUGGUUUUCUCCUGAACAAUAACAACAACAACAACAAAUAAUGAUUUUUUUGCUUUAUCGGGGAGAUUUUCCCUUUACUUGAUUUGUUUGUCCAACCCCCUCCCCCACCCCCAAGUUAAAACAACCUGAGGCCACCUCCACAUCUUUAUAGCCCUAUACGGCCUAGGACCCUCGUACCUACGGGACCGCCUCUCCUGGUAUGUCCCACAGAGGAACUUAUGGUCUUCAAACAAAAACAUCCUGAAGGUCCCAGGCCUCAGAGAGGUUAGGCUGGCCUCAACUAGAGCCAGGGCUUUUUCCGCUGUGGCUCCAAUCUGGUGGAACGCUCUGUCACAAGAGACUAGGGCCCUGCGGGACUUGACAUCUUUCCGCAGGGCCUGCAAGACAGAGCUGUUCCACCAGGCCUUUGGUCAGGGCACAGCCUGACUCCCUCCUUUGGCAAUCUUUACAGAACUUUAGCCUAAUGGUUGCCAUCAAUUUGAGUUGGAUUAAUUUUAUAAUGAAAUGAUUUUAGAAUGUUGUAGUAUUUUAUUGUUGUUAGCCGCCCUGAGCCCAGCUUCGGCUGGGGAGGGCGGGAUAUAAAUAACAUUUAUUAUUAUUAUUAUUAUUAUUAUUAUUAUUAUUGGGUGGCAGCAAAUCCCACCAAUGAAGGUCAGAGCUCAGGGGUGGAGCAUCUGUUUUGCAUGCAGAAAGUCCUUGGUUCAGUUACAGGCGUCUGCAGGUAGGGCUGGGAAUGUUCUCUAUCUGAAACCCUGGAGAGCUGCUGCCAGCCAGUGUAGAGUUCUGAGCCACAUAGACACAGGACACUGCCUUAUAAGGAGUCAGGCCAUUGGUCCAUCUAGCUCAGUAUUGUCUACACUGACUGGCAGCAGCUCUCUAGGGAUACAGACUGAGUUCUACCUGGAGACUGAACCUCAGACCUUCUGCCUGCAGAGCAGAUGCUCUACCACUAAGCCAUGGCCUUUCCCCCAAACAGCCUCAGUAUAAGGCAGAUUACAAUGCUUGCCUUGCUUACCUUGAGCUCUCGGGCAACCUCCUCCAACAGGGCUACCUUAUGGCCGCUGUGCGCCUUGGUCCGUUUACACACCAUACAAAGUGGGGCUUCAUCAUCCUUACAAAAGAACUUCAGGGGCUUCCGAUGCCUUUUACACAACUCUCUUCUCCUUUCUGUGCAUCUCUCCACCCACAGCUUGACAAGCUGGACCACUUUUGCCAGUUGCCAGUUUGGUCUGCUGUCCAUUGGCUGAAAGAGUCUCCUGCACUCGGGGCAAGCAGAGGCUUCCUCAGAUUCAGGCCAGGACUGGACAAUGCAGGCUUUGCAGAAAUUAUGCCCGCACUCCAACAUCACAGGAUCUUUGAAAUAUCCCAGGCAGAUGGGACAAGUAAUUGCAUCAAUAAGCUCCUCAAGAGGUCCCUCAGUUGCCAUCCUUACUUCUCCCUAGAGGGCAAUAACAGCAGGUUGGGGUUCAUUUCUGAUUUAAAAUAGUUCAAGAGCAACAAAAAUGGUGGUUGUGGGCAAAACAAAGAGGUCUUACUCAUUAUAAAGUCCAAAUCCACUUUGUUGCAAAACUUACAGAGCACAAAUGCCUUCCAAACUAUCAACACCCAACAUAUUUUAAGGGACAAGUCUUUUGAUGAGGACACUGUACAAAUAUUUCAUAAGUAGCAUAAGUUUACACCAUAAUUUCAACAUAAAUUUUUAAAAGUCCACCUAAAAAAGGUGAAAACAAUUCAAGAGUUUGACCAAUAAGCCAAACUAAACACAAGUGUUGCAUAUUAUUUUUUUAAACAGGAAUUUAGUUGAAGUUACACAGCCACCCAAUCCUAUAUAUGUGUACUUUUAGAAAUAAGCACUAGGGCUUACUCUUAGGUAACUGCACACCAGUCGAUAAGAUAAGUUUAUAAACUUAAGAUGACAACCCUGUGCACUUAUCUGACAGUAAGUCCCACUGAACUCAGCAUAAUUUACUUCUAAGUAAAGAUACCUAGGAUCACAGUAUAACAAAUACCUUCUGAUGAGGAGUGUCUACCCCAGAGAAAGAGCCACUAUUCUAAACAGCCAUGUACUAAAUUUGAUCACUAUAAAUAACCACACUACUUUCUUAAUCCAGUAGUUUACUUACAGUUAAACACCACCAAGAAAUACUGGAAUCCAGACAAAGAUCACACCCACACAUUUAAAGCACAUUACUUUCUGUAAAGAAUCCUGGGAACUGUAGCUUGUCCCUUAUGGAGCUACAAUUCCCAGCAUCCUUAACAUGAAGCCUGCCUGGAUUUUAUAGUAUUCUGAAGGUAAGGGGAACCUUUGGCCCUUUAGAUGUUUGACGAACUACAACUCCCAUCAUCCCUGACCACUGAGCAUGUUUUAUGGGGCUGAUGGGAGUUGUAGUUCUGUAACAUCCAGCGAGCCGAAGUUCCCCCACACCUGGUCAUUGGAGCACCUGUAACCAGUUAGCUCACUAAUGAGAGAGUCCUUGCUUAUUAGAGGACCUUUCCAUAUUUAGGCUGUACACCCAUCUAGGAGUAAGUCCUACGGGAUUCAACUUCUGAGUAGGACUGCACUGUGAAUCUUCAUUUAACUCUUUGAGGAAUUGCGUUCUUAAUCUCAUUUCCAGGGAAGAAAGGGAGGAUCAGAUUGUCUGUAUGCUUCAUUUGCAGUACAGUGGUACCUCAGGUUAAAUACUUAAUUCGUUCCGGAGGUCCGUUCUUAACCUGAAACUGUUCUUAACCUGAAGCACCACUUUAGCUAAUGGGGCCUCCUGCUGCUGCCACGCCGCCGGAACCCGAUUUCUGUUCUUAACCUGAAGCAAAGUUCUUAACCUGAAGCAAUAUUUCUGGGUUAGCGGAGUGUGUAACCUGAAGCAUAGGUAACCUGAAGCGUAUGUAACCCGAGGUACCACUGUAUAAAGUUUUUCUAUAGCCCAGAAAUGAAAGACUGUGUGUUUGGACGUUAGCCUAUAUAACGUUGCCUAUAAAACAGUAGACGGGGCAGUUAGUACUGCGUUUUAUAGGCCUAUAAAACAGCUGCCUAUGAACAGUCAGUCAGUGGCUUGAGCAGGCGCAGAGAAACUCCCUUUCCCUCCUUGGGUGUGAGCUCUCGCGUGCCUUUUAAAAUCAUAGUAUUGUAAUCAUUUAGAAAUUUGCAUCUGAUACACAUCUGACAUUAGCAAGUGAUAAUUUCAUGCAAAUCUCCCCCCCCCCACGCCAUGCCUAAGUGGCCGCCCUCUCUCUCCCACGUUAACACCUCAGUCCUUAUUGGUGUCUACUCAGGAGUAAGCCCUAUACUGAAUCCAACGGGGCUUCCUCCCUGAAAGCGCUCCAGGCCGUCCGAUCAUCGGACCGAUUAAAAACGUUGCAGCGCCUUGUUAUCUCCCUCGCUAAAUCGUUUAAUAAAAUGCGCCUCGAGGGGAUGGAGGUGCCCCGCUCUCUCCCUUAGGUUUCUCCAGUGCCACCUGCGCCGAAACCUGCACCCGGAUCGAGCCGAAAAAGUUUCUCUCGCCCGCCAACUCCGGCGCGGAGCGUUUAUGGCGCCUGCAGGCGGCGAGCGGGGAAAUGACUCUGCCGUCCCUCCCAGGAUACUUUCGCCCGCUGGCGGCCGCGGCGCUUUGCCGGGCGGAGAUGGUGGGCGAGGCCCCGGAAGGGGCUGGCUCGGCUGGGCCGGCCGAGGACUGAGGGAGCCCUUCGCUUCCAAACAACGCCGCCGCCGCCGCCUUCUCCUGCCGCCUCGGCCAUGGCUCGUCGUCUCCUACCGCCGCUGCUCCUCCGCCUCGGCAGGGACCCUCGGCCGAGUCCAGCCGCCCUCCCCGUCCGCCGCGGCGGCGGGGUGAGGCCGUGCAGCUUGGGCGCCUGCGCCUCCUACCGCCUCCGGGACGGCGGUGAGUGACACACCCCGCGGCGACCCCCCCCCCGAAAGGAGACCCCCCUCUUCUCUCUGCAGGAACUUUUCCUCCCCCCCAAAAAUUAUGGCCUGUACCUGGGGUCCAUAAGGCCCUAAUAUUUCCCCUUCGCCCCCCUCCCCAUCUCCUUUCCCAGCUGUCCACACCCUGCUUAUUAUUCCCACCCCCAUGUUCCUUUUCUCAUUCUCUAACACACACACACACACACACACACACACACACACACACACACACACGGGUUGCUUUUUGCUUAGUUAGGUACAACCCUAACCUACUAUUACAAUCUCGCCCCUGCCCAAAACACCCCUCUCAAUUCAUUCAUUCUCCACCUGUCCCCAACUUAAAUCUUUCGUUUCUGAUCUGCUUUUUUGAACCCCAGUGGUUGCGCCCUUUUCCUAGCACCCCAAUAUUGUAUGAUAGAUUAUUGUGUGGACUGCUUGUUUUGUAUUCUGUACACUCUGCUGUUGUGUAUACAGUAUGUACAUUAUUAUAGCAUCUAUACCAUACCUUUCUCUUAAGGCGUUUCCAAGGCAGCAUACAUGGUUCUCCUCAUUUUAUCCUCACAACAGCCCUGGGAGGUAGUGACAGGCUCAAGGUGACCCAAUUGCUAUAUUACUGAGUUGGGACUUGAACCCUGGUUUCUCCCAGGCCCUAACUGAACACUCUAUUAACAACUACACCAUACCAGCUCUUAUUAGGUAAAGGAGGAGUUAAAACUUUUUGAUAAAUUAAAUCGCAACACACUUCGCACUGUCCUUCCCAGUUUCUUCCUCACCUGUUUGCACCCACUUCAGAAACCCCACAAGUCCCAACCUACUAGUCCAUGGUUUCAUAGCAAGAGCACAGCAGGGCCUUUAGGAAGUGGCUCCCUUUGGUCUCAGCUGGUCUUUGCAGGGAAAUGUCACAGAGCCAUAUGUCCUGAUGCCAUCUUGCAGAGGACAGUCUUCUGGGGGAGGGGAUGUAUAAUGUGGGGUGACCCAAAUGCACACCCAUAGUUCCUUAUUUGUUGUUCACAUCUGGGGUCCCCACAUACUUUUCAGCAUUGCGCAAAUGCAACAGUUGAUUGGAAAAAUGGAUCAUGGCUUUAUCUCAUAGGGGACAGUCCCCUAGUCAUGGGGUUGUACGAUAUGAUAUGAGGAUAGUGGAACAGGUUUGGCUGAACUGGGUGCUGGCACCUCAGGAUAUAGAAUGGAUUGCAAGAGAUGGGCUGGGGUGUAGUGCUGAAUCUUAGCGUUGCACGUGGCACUGCUGAAAUUUGAGAGCCAAAAGUCUGCCACUUGUUGGAAGUCUCCUUCAACCAUGCUCCAUACUCAGUUGUCAGACUUUUCUCCCCAGAGCAGCUUUCCUUUCCUUUGCACUGACAUCCAGGCUUUCUUGGGAAUUGUGCUGAUAUUUAGCAGUGGCAGGAAAGACCACAGAUUAGGGAAUGAUGUGAUAGCGUAUCCGACUGUUGAAAGCAGUUGCAUUAAAAUCAGUGCAGAAACCUAAAAGAAUUAUUGGAGAAUGCAAAGGUGUUGACUACAGUGUGAGGGAGCAUCAGGUUCAGGGCGGUGUUAAGGUGCAAAUCUAAUUGCGGCUUCUCUGUGUGAAUCUGAAUUGCAGCUGUUUAUUCCUUUCAUUGAUAACUUUUGGAAGCAGGCUGGCUUGGAAUAUGGUUGCCAGCUGGAAGGCUGUCACCAGGAUCAAGAGAAGUACUUCAGGCGAGCUGAAGAGCUUCCCAUCACUUGGUGGGAUGUUUUGAAUUUUCAUGCGUUGUUGUAAAGUGCUUUUGAAACUCCCCUUCAUUUCAGAACUGGGCAAGUGUUGUUUUGCAGCCAAAGGCCCCCUGGACAUGCAGAACAACUUGGAGAAUUGUUUGCACCGUGGCCUACUCUUCCAAGCAACUUCCAUUGAUUGAUCAGCCUAAAACAUAUCUGUGAGUUCCAUACAGCUUAUGAGAAACUUCCUGUGUCCUCCUCUUCUUCUUCUUCCAGUACAUCCGCUGUGGCAGAGCCCAAUUACAAUCCCGGGGGGCAGCCGGCAGUCUCCGAUCAAUAUCCAGUGGAGAGACAGCGUCUAUGACCCCCAUCUUAAACCCCUUGAAAUACGCUAUGAUCCAGCCACUUGCCUCCAUAUGUGGAACAACGGAUACUCGUUCCUGGUUGAGUUUGAGGAUACCACAGACAAAUCAAGUAAGUCUUAAGGGGAUGCCUGGGAUUGUAGGAUAAUAGCUUAGUGGUAGAGCACUUGCUUUGUAUGCCUGAUGGCUUCUCCAGCUCGGGCCGGGAAUGCCCCCUGCUUGAAACCCUGAAGACCCAUUGCUGCCAGUCAGUGUAGACAAUACUGAGCUAGAUGCACCAAUGAUCUGGCUUGGUGUAGAGCAGAUUCCUAAGACCCACUGGUCCUGCUGUUAAGUUCUGGCCUAGCAGGCACCUUUCGCCACCCCUCCAGUUGGCAAAAGCUAAGUACAUUGGCAGACAUUUCUGCAAGUUAUUUCCCAUUUCCCUAAAUAUCCGGGCAAAUAUGUGUCAUGUGAAUCCUUGCAUUUUUGCUUGCAUCCAUGCCCUUAUGAAAGUUGAUCCACAUCUUUAAAAUACGAGUGACAAUUGCCCUGCUAAUUUGCUAGGGUAAAAGCCGGAUGUUUGGUCCAGAGAUCUAUAUUCAAAUCUCUGCUUUUUGCAGCAGCCCAAUUACGUGGCUUUGGUUACGUGGCUCUCCUGAUCCCAGAGCUCUACCAAAUAAAGGCCCCUGUUCAGAUGAGAAUUGUAUCGCGUUUUAUACAUGAAAAGGGCCAUAUAAAUGUUCAUGAGUGAAGUCUGUGGGUGGAAAUUCUUAACUAAUCCUCUAAGAUAAUUAAUACAGUAUCUAGUUUUGACUUCUAGACUCUGUGAAUCAUUAUAAUUGAGGAAACAGGAAUAGUGUAUUACAUGUGUAGCGGACUUGUGGCCCUCCAGAUGUUGUUGAACUAUAACUCCCAUCAGUCACAGUCAGCAUGGUUCAGGGAUGAUGUGUGUUGUAGUUGGGGGAAGGUCACAGGUCUCCCCAUCCCUGGUUUUUAAAAAACUAUUCAUAUUUGCAGUACAUUCAAUGUAGGAACUAAUCCUUAACAAAGGCUGUUUCCUGUUAUGUAUGUAUUACAUUUUAACCACACACAUUCCUCCUCCAUGAAGCUCAGGGCAGCAUAGAUGGAAACUUCCUCGUUUGUUUGUUUUUUAUUCUCUGCAAUCCUGUGAGGUAGGUUAGGGUGCAACACAAUAACUCAGAGAACUUUAAGGCCAAACAAGUUUUUCCGUCAGGGUCUUAGUCAAGCAAUCUUAGUCCAGCAAUUACUCUUUUUUUUUGCUAUGAUUUCCAUGAAUUUUGUCUCUUGGCUAAAAUUCACUCCAACUGUAAUCCAUACAAGACUUGGGGAGCAGCUGACAUUCUUUAUUUGGAUGCAUUUUUUUCAUUCUUUUGGAUGCUUUUUCAUUCAACUUUUACCCAUUCAUUUUUGUAGAGGAAGCCCUUGAGGAGGUUUCAUGUGUGCAUGUUCCCAAAUGAAUAGUAUAACUCUGGCAUUAAACAUUAAUGAAAUAAAAGGUUGUUUAUCACUUUGGCUGCAUUUCACAGAUAAGCUUUUGAAUAAUGUACUUGGAAAAUAUCUAGAAGGCAAGAUAGGUGCUUGGUUCUAGCAAAGCACCUUGUUCUCUGGUUCCCCUUGGAAUUGUAUUGAAACCUCAGUAAAUGGAAGGAAACUGAAUAUAGUUGCCUUCUCUGGCAUUGGAAGAGCUCUUUUUAUUCUUCCUGAAAAGAAAAGUCAGGUUUUGUUAGCUCACUUGAACCAAGUGCUCUGUGCUUAAUGCUGUAAUGGUUAUUUUAAUUUUAAUUUGGUUAUUUUAACCAUUAUUGCUGUAAUGGUUAUUUUAAUUUUAAUUUUAAUAAGACAGAGCCUCAAAAGCUGUACAUUGAUGAAUCUGUUUAGCCAAUAACUAACAUUGUGGUGGCUGUUAGUGAUGUGUGGUUAAAACACUUAGCAGCACAUAUUAAGUAAGUUGUGUGUUACACAGUACUUGGACUAAGUCCAGUUACCUGAGUAGCCAUUAUGCAAAGAGUAUGUUUAAAUUAGAGAAGGGUCAUAGCCCUGCGGUGGGAUACAUUUCCAUGCAAAAAGUCCCAGGUUCAAGUCCUGAUGUAGGGAAAUUCCUCAUACCAAUUAAAGCUGCUGCCCUCCGGUGUUGACAGUACCGAGGUAGAUGGACUAAUGAUUCUAUAAGGCAUCAUCCUAGUGUGGCCUCACCUGGAUCCAAUUUAUGAGUCAUAGGUUGCCCAUCACACACUCUUUAAGAAGCAUAAUCGUUCUCUGGUAGUAACCUUCCUGGGCUGAAGCUUACAGCUUGUGUUUGGGUUGUAUCAAGUAUCUUAAGAAAGCUAUUUUAGAUACUGCAGUUCCUUUUUAUGGCUUCUAUUUUUGCUUGUCUUGCAGUUCCAGAGCAGGAGAGGUUAAAAUUGUAGUGUGUACUAAUAGUAACAGGGACGUGGGUGGCACUGUGGGUUAAACCACAGAGCCUAGGACUUGCUGAUCAGAAGGUCGGCAGUUCGAAUCCCCGCGACGGGCUGAGCUCCCAUUCCUCGGUCCCUGCUCCUGCCAACCUAGCAGUUUGAAAGCACGUCAAAGUGCAAGUAGAUAAAUAGGUUCUGGCGGGAAGGUAAACGGCGUUUCCGUGCACUGCUCUGGUUUUGCCAGAAGCGGCUUAGUCAUGCUGGCCACAUGACCCGGAAGCUGUACACUGGCUCCCUCGGCCAGUAAAGCGAGAUGAGCGCCACAGCCCCAGAGUUGGCCACGACUGGACCUAAUGGUCAGGGGUCCCUUUACCUUUUUUACUAAUAGUAACAUUGCCAUUUAGCUACGGUGAUGGAAUUCACAGAGCCAUGUUUGCGAGAGGAUGAGCUGUGGAUGUAGCUCAGUGUUAGAGGGCAUGCUUUGGAUGCAGAUGGUCGCAGACUCAGUUCCCUGUAACCUCCACCUUAAGAAAGCAUCCUGGAGGGUGGGGCUUGAGAAACGUCCACCAAAAUCCUCAGAGAGCUGCUAGCAGUCAGAGUAGACCAUACUGGGCUCAUUCAGCAUAAGACAGGUUUUUGUGUUUAUGCUGGUGUAUAAAUAGAUAGAUAACUAUGCAGGCAAUUAAGGGUACACUCCCUACAAUGGUCUAUUGAGGUUUGUUUUUAAUUUCUUUUUAUUUUUUUAACUUUUUAUGAUUUUAUUGUUUGGUUUGAUGUUUGCAUACUGUUGUAAACUGCUGUGAUACAUUUUUACAAUAUAGCAGUAUAAGUAAAAGCAUUAAAAUUGUGUUCGGGAUCUCCUUAAGCAGGCUUCUAAUAUAUUAAACAUGGACAAGAGAUACUAGACAAGGUUGAUAGAUUUACUAGCAGAAAGCAGCACCUUUGCUUUGCAUUUCCAAGAUCUUUCUUCUAUCUUAGCAUCCUGAUAUGACUCACUUUUCCCAUUAUCCUGCACACUGUCCCUUGGUUUCUGCUAAGAGAAAUUGCAUAGCGGUCCCUCUCCCCAACCCCCUCCCCUCCAAAUUUGAUGAUUAUCAUAGCUGUGGCUGACUUCAGACACCACCCUCCUUUCCUGUUCCUCUGCAUUCUCUAUCUCAGCCUUCUCGCUCAAGUUUCCUGGCCUUCCUUGAGGGUAACUUUUGCUCUAUAAAUUUCAGCUGCUAACAUCCGCCAGUUUCCAUUGAAACGCUUUAGGUUUGCUUUGAAGUCAUUCUGAUCCACGUCACUCUUUUCAAUCUAAUCAUUAUAUGCCUAUAACGUCUCCCUCUUUUUAAAUAUCUAAGCAGAGACAGCUGCUAGUGGUGAUGCUUAUAUGCUACCUCUGCUGUCAGAGAGGCAUUUUGCCUCAAUACCAGUUGCUGGCAAUUGCAGGUGGGCAGAAUGCCAUUGCAUUCCGGUUCUGCUUUUGGGUUUCCCAUUAGGGUAUCUACUUGGCCACUGUGAGAGCAGGAUGCUAAGAUUAGAUGGGCCAUUGGCCUGAUCCGCGAGGCUCAUUUUACAAGACAAUAAAAUAAAACACAUUUGUGCUGCUGGCAUAAAAAUGUCUUAACGUGCCUGAUAAGCAUCCAGCCAAGUGUCAUUUACAUUACUCAAGCCCCAAAAUGAAUAAACAUAACUUCCCUAUGCUGCAGUCCACCUGUUGCAAACCCUGCUCAUUCCAAUGGGAGCGGGAUUAGGAAGGGAUUUAAAUUAUAGGCUUGUUCUUGCUUUACUAUAAUGCUUUUCUUCUUUGUGAUUCUUUCUGACUUCUCAACACGUAACUUACUCUUCUUUCCCACCUGCUCCUGAUGCUCUCUUCUUCCUUUGUUUUCUUUCUCCUUGCUUCUUCUGUCUGACAGUAAUAGGCAGCUGCACAGAUAGAGAAGAGGAAAAAGAGUGGAUUAGAGUCAAAAAGUAAGAAGGAAGACAAUGGCAGUAAACUGAAUAGAGGAGCGUGCUUUUAAGAGAGGCGGCUUCUGAGAUGGGAUCUAAAUCAGAUUUGUUCCAAGGAUGAGGCUAGCUGCACUACUGGGAGUAGAAUGAAAGCAAAGGGAGAGAGAGAGAAGGAAAUGAGAAACAAAGGUGUUGGACAACACAGGUAAGUGCUGGUGGUUGUGUGCACACUGUUGCCCUCUGGUGGUUGCUUUGUGGUGUUGGCGUCUGCUGUUUUUGGUAGCAGGCAGAACUUCCAAAGUGCAGUUAGGGGCACCUCCCAGUGCAUUGUGGGAUUGCCUGCAGUUACUGUUUAGCAGUGCAAUCCAAGCCCAAGAUCCACCAGGAAGAGAGAACUUGGAUUCGUCAGAUCCUGAGCUUUCUCGGCUGAGCCGGGGCUGCGCCCAGUGUAAGUCCCCCACCCCAGCUGGGCCAGAGUUAUGCCGGCAUAAGGCCCUCAGCUAGGCUCAGCUGGUGGAACGUAAGACGGCAUAAUAUAUGUCAGUGCAAAUCCCGCAGAAGCGGUGUUCCAGGGGUGUGUUGGCACAUGAAGGGGCAAGGAGAGACUUACACCUGUUCCAAACCUAUUCCUUCACUUUGGUCUGUGACUGGAAACCCAGUGGAACUUAGCUGACAAGCAGUCAAAUUCCUCCUGCAUAGAGGAGUCACUUACGCUGGCUUUCUGUAAUUAGGAUUGUUCUGUCAGAAUAUUCAGGGACUUUCCUGUCUGCACCUAGAGAUACAGGCUGUGGCACAAAAGAGACCACAUUCUAUUGCAUUUCCUCCCUUUCUCCUUAAUUUAAAACUUUAGGAACUGCUUAUUUAGCAUGUGGUAGAAAAACAAGCAUGUGGUAGCGACGUUGCUUUUUGUCCCUUAAAUGUUGGCUCUUCCUGUCAAGUGGAUAAGGCAUGAGAGGGCAGCAAGCAUCUCAGGAAUUUUGCUCGGUGUCUGCAUACGCACAUUUUUUGCAAAAUCACGCUUGUUUUGUAGUCAUACAUGUAUAGAAAUUGCCGAGUAACUUAGAGGUAAUGUUUUUGUUGUACUAGCACAGGGGUGGCCAACUCCCAAGAGACUGCGAUCUAGUUAGAGUUAAAAACUGACUGUGAUCUACCCUCUUUUUUGGGGUACAGGUCAAAGUUGAGCUUUUUUUCGGCAGGAAAGCCCUGUUUUUUGGGGUUCAGGUCAAAAUCGCUGAGCUUUUUUUUUAGGAAGGGGGAAGGCCCAUGGGGGGGGGAGCAGAGCAAAAAUGUUGAACUUUUUUAGGGGAGCCAAACUUGGUGAGCUUCUUUGGGAGGAGACAGUGAUCUACCAGUGAUCUACCACACACAUCCAGUGAUCUACCGGUAGAUCACAAUCUACGGUACCUGUUGGACAUUCCUGUACUAGCACAUUACUUAAGAACACAAAUACUUAUUUUCACCACAAGGGGGCAGUCAUAUUCAGCCUCAUUUUCUGCUACAUUCAUCCACAAUUCUCUGCAGAUGCUCACAAACCCUUUUCUCUAUACAUCCUGGAGGUAAGUGGUUUUAGUUGUGCAGGGCGCACUGUCUUAUGUUUGGGCUCACAUAGGUAAUUACCCCUUUUUAAAGUCAGCCAAAGGAAUAGCCACUAGCAAGUAACAGACUAAACACAGCAUAACAACGUACCGUUUUCAAUCUCUUACGAAGGACUUAGCGUCAUUAAGCAACAGAUAACUUGUAUUAGGUUGUCCUCGUAUGUGAGCCCAAUGGAAGUUUCAGCCGCCAUCCUAGUGAUGAAAAAUCUAAAUGGGGACAAUGUAGGACUCUAUUUCCGUAAGGAAUUAUCCACAUAUGGCAAUUCUAACUUAGGCUUUUAAAAUUGAUUUUCUUUUAAAAUUUAAAAAUAUAUAAAUACAUUUGCAUAGGCUUACAGAUUUGGCUGCAUAUCAACAUAUAACUUACAACGAUAAAAUAAAAUAACAGUCCAAAAUUAUAUCAUUUUGAACUUGUAGACAGAGUUAUGGGAGAGCAUGAAUGCCCGAGUAAUUACAAUGACAUUAUGAUGUGCAAUAACAUAGGAUGUUUAGAUUGGGGAAGACAGGCAAAUAAUUGUAACAAUUCAAAAUUAGGUUUCAGUAUCCAUUCUUUUCAUCAAUGGUUACAUCUAUUAAACAGAAAUAAUAGGGAGUGAAGUAGGAGGGAUAAUGCAUGCACACCAGACCGCAUUGGAUAGUGUAGGUGCUGUCACACACGGCAAUUCUCUUCCUCUGGAGCUUUUUAGGUCAUGUGCUAGGUGUGCCAAAGAUUCUGCAUCUUUGAUGAUGUGUAUCCAUCAGAUGUGUUUGACAUUUGCUUCCAUUGGAAAGAAGGAACAUAGCAAUCGGUGCUAAAUUACCGAAAGAACAGUCCUUGCAAUCAGUGCUAAAUUACCAAAGUGUUACUGCAGAAAACCUUUUCCAGAAUUUUACUUUUCCUAAGCAAAAGCAAGUCGUGAGAAUUCUUGCAUUGCAUUAAUGGCAAUCUCUUGCUGCUACGGUGUGGAUAAGAAAUGUAAUUAAUCUGUGAUCCCAAGUGUGUUUUACUAUAUGUAUAUAAGGUGUUGGUCAUAACCACCGAGUCUAACUUCCCGGUAAACAUGCCAGGCUUGUGUUCAGAUGGCUCAGCUAGAACUCCAGGAAUAGCUCUUGUCUUUCGUGGUCACCAAUAUUUUUCAGGCUUCCAGAAGCAUCCCUGUCAGAUCAUGAGAUCAAUGCAGAGACUAUGUUUGGAUACGGUGGAUGUAAGCAUCCUAUAAUAUCUCAGUGAGCCAGCCCAGAGACUCCUAUUUACAGCAGCAGAGAAGUCACAAUGUGCAUCUUCACUGUGAUUUUGCAAGCCCUGCUGUGGUUUAUUCCCUCUCUGAAGUGCGAACAGUUAGAAGAUUCUUGCCAAUCCCGCAACACCCCUCCUUUCUCCAGCACAAUGCACUUUGUGCACCAAGCCAAAUCUGCUUCACUUUUGCUUUUGGCCUCUGUGUUGUUGCUAUGUGAUACCAUCCACCUACUUUCAGGAGAACCAGGCAGACUCUGCCGCUACUUCCUACUUGCCACGUGUCUUUAGAUUAAGAGGGAGAGGGAUGAGAGAGAUACAACAGUGCAAUCAUACCCAUGUGUAUUCAGAAAUAAAUCUCAUUUAUUUCAUGGGAGCUUACUUUCAGGUAAUUGUAUAGGCUUGGGGCUUAAGUGUUGGCCUCCUAACAUCAUUUUCCCUCUUAUCCAAGUUAUUACAGGAGGCCCCUUAGAAAAUAACUACCGGCUGAAGCAGUUUCACUUUCACUGGGGGGCCAUAAAUGAAUGGGGCUCGGAGCACACGAUUGACUGUAAGGUCUUCCCAGCAGAGGUAAGAGGAUACUUUCACGUAAUACUUUUGUGAGAUUCUGGAAUGUUGUGCACCAGUGAGUCUUAAUCAAAAGUGUUCACAAAAACAUUUUGGGCCUGUGACAUUUCCUCUGUGUUCUGUCAAUGCGUGGAAAGAUUUGGCCGGUAGCCAUGCGGCCAUUUCUCUUUUUUUGUGUGGGGGUGGGGUUGUGGGGUUGCUCUUGGAGAGCCAGUGUGGUGUAGUGGUUAAGAGCGGUAGUCUCGUAAUCUGGGGAACCAGGUUCGCGCCUCCGCUCCUCCACAUGCAGCUGCUGGGUGACCUUGGGCCAGUCACACUUCUCUGAAGUCUCUCAGCCCCACUCACCUCACAGAGUGUUUGUUGUGGGGGAGGAAGGGAAAGGAGAUUGUUAGCCGCUUUGAGACUCCUUCGGGUAGUGAUAAAGCAGGAUAUCAAAUCCAAACUCCUCCUCCUCCUCCUCCUCCUCCUCCUCCUCCUUCUUCUUCUUCUUCUCCUUCGGCAGCCAAGAGUAGAAGGCUCAGAGCUCUACUGCAAGGUCUUUGAGAACCAUACCUGAUUCAUUACAGUUUCUGAAGAAAAAGAUUGUUCUAUCUCAUUUCUUCCACGGUUCUAAAAUACGGAUUGAAUUUAAUUUCAGCUGCAUUUGGUACACUGGAAUUCUUGCAAAUAUGAAAGUUUUGAAGAAGCUUUGAUGGAAGAAAAUGGUUUGGCUGUGAUUGGAGUCUUCUUGAAGGUAUGAUGGUGGGAAGCCUGUAAUCUUCCAGUGGUUCAUUCUGAACUGUCACUUAUAAAAGUGUGGAGACACUUCCUUACACAAAGAGCACCUUUAAGGCUGCACUCCUUUGCACAUUUACCUGUGAAUACGUCCAACUGAACUCUUCCUUUCAGUGGUAAGAGCUGCUCAGCCAUGGAAUGGGCUGUCUCGGAAGGUGGUGGACUCUCCUUCUUUUGAGAUUUUUAAAUAGAUGACCACGUGCCAAAGAUUCCUUAGCUGUGAUUCCUGCAUUGUGGAUGGUUGGACUACUUGACCCUUGGGGUCCCUUCCAACUCUAUAUUUCUAUGAUUCUGUGAUUCAGUAGCACUUACAUCUGAGUGGACAUCUAUAGGAGUGCACUGCAAGUUACCUUUCAACUUUUUGUUUAUAUCACAGUAAUAUAAGCAUACAUCCUGUUGGUUAACUACCAUAUUUUUCGCUCUAUAGGAUGCACUUUUUCCCCUCCAAAAAUGAAGGGGAAAUGUGUGUGCGUCCUAUGGAGAGAAUGCAGGCUUUCACUGAAGCCUGGAGAGCGAGAGGGGUCGGUGCGCACCGACCCCUCUUGCUCUCCAGGCUUCAGGAAGCUAUCAGCAAGCUCGGGGACAGCGGGGAGGUAGAGCGCCGCCUUCCCGCUGUUCCCCGACCUGGUCUUUGGGGCUGGCGGUGGGGGAAAGCAGCGCUCCCCGCCCCUGCCAGCCCCAAAGAGCAGGUCGAAAGGAACCCAAAGCCUCCAGAGCCCAGCGGGAACUCCCGCUGGGCUCCGGAGGCUUCGGGUGAACGCACAUUGAACGCACCUUGACUUAGAGGGGGAGAACAAGAAAUUUUUUCCCCUGUUCUUCCCCCUCCUAUGGUCUGGUGCAUCCUAUGGUCCGGUGCGUCCAAUAGAGCGAAAAACAGGUAUAUCAGUUACAAAACCAGAAACCAAGGAUCGUACUGAGCAGGAAGAAGGAAUAAAUGGAGGGGGGGAAAUGAAUUAUAGGGAGGAGGGAAGAGAGAACGGGGGGAAAGAGUGAGGACUUUUCAGCACCCAAACUGCGUAUGUGUCCUCUCUGCAGCGGUUCAAUUAUUGUAUUGAUUGAGAACUUCCAGCAUUCCCUUGCAUAGUGUGAUGCAGUUGGUGGGAACAAAUAAAUACCAGAAAAUAUUUCAGCUGUGUCCGGCAAAGGCUAAUGGCAUAGUGCAAACUUUGCCAAUCUGUUGCCCUGUGGAACUUUUGGACUACAACUCCCAUCAGUCCCAGCCAACUGGGGCUGAUGGGAGUUGUAGUCCAAAACAUUUUCAGGGCAACAGGUUAGAGAAGGCUGACCUAGUGUCAUAGGAGUUUGCGCUAAACCACUUGAUCUCUAGAUGCAGUGAAUAAAAACAUACUCUUUCUCCCAUUCCCUUCGCAGCUUGGAGCCAAUCACAGUGGGCUGCAGAAGUUAGUAGAUGCCUUGCCAUCAAUUAAACACAAGGUAAAGAGAAUUUUAACCUUAGUUGCUAUUCAGUAUCCAUCUCACACAAUGCACAGGAGCAGUCAAUAGGUUUGCCCUGAAGCCAACCUGACGAUGAGCAUUCCUAGAUGAUGCAUGCGCCUGUUGUGUUUAUGCUGGUGGCCUUACGGUGCCUGUGUUAUGCCACAGGUGGCCUAGAGCACUGGAACCGCACAAGGCCUUGCUCCCACUUUGAGCCAGGCAUUUGUUCAGAGAGUUGAGCAGUCUGAUUCCAAGCAGAGGAGUCAGGAUGUGUGUGCCAUUCUCCCAGUGGCUUUUGGAAGGACUGUAGCUCGGUGGAAGAGCAUCUGCCUUGCAUGCAGAAGGUCCCGGGUUUGAUCUCUGGCAGCAUCUUCAAGUCAGGCUGGGAGAGAACCCAGCCUGUAACCCUGGAGAGCUGCUGCCAGUCCAUGUAGACAAUAUUAAGAUGAGCCAGUGAUCUGACUUCUUGUAGGAUAGCUUCCCAUGUUCCCUGUGUACAUACGUAAAAAGAUAAGAUCGUCCCUGCCUACAGGCUCAAAAUCUGACAGAAGCAGUACAAAAGGAGCUGAGGCCUACUAUAUGUGAUGGGGAUGCUGUGGUGGAGGACUGUAUUGCAGUGGCGUAGCGUGGGUUGUCAGCACCCGGGGCAAGGCAAGUAAUUUGCGCCCCCUAACCCGUGGAUUUUAGCAGGGGGCAGAGAGCUGCAAGUGCGAGCGCGCCCCCCCCAGAUGUUGCGCCCGGUGCGGCCGGCCCCCCUGCACCCCCCACGCUAUGCCACUGCUGUAUUGAAUUGUGGCUCCUCUCUCCACGCUUGGUGCCUGAGGACCCAGGAAGACCAGUAAUGCAAGCUGAGGAUCCCAUCACAAAUAACCCAGACUGAAUGAAUUUAUUAUUUCGGUCACAGACCAGUUCCAGCUCACAUAAAAAAUCAGGGAAGUCAUGAAACACAAUAGGGAUACAUUAAAAUUAGCAGUUUGGUAUAACAGGGACAGUACAGAUUAAAAUAUAUAAAUUAGAUCUUACUCACUAAAAUAUAACCUGAAGUGUCAUUUAAAACCUUAAUCAUGAUGAUAUCACAGCUUGUUCCCUAAGUUUUAAGGCAAUUGCACAGAAUAACCCAGACUAAUCACUGAUGGCUUGCAUUUGCUAGGAUGAUCUCGUUGAGUUUGAUGAAUUUGACCCCUCCUGCUUGUUGCCAUCAUGCCCUGAUUAUUGGACUUACGCAGGAUCUCUGACCACCCCGCCGCUUUCAGAGUCCGUCACCUGGAUCAUCAAGAAGAAGGCAAUAGAGGUUGAUGAUGAUCAGGUAGAGCAAAUGGAAACUCGCCAUCUGUAGCUGGUGUAUUGCUGGGGAUGGAUGUGGGAAAGCAGAAGGAAGAAUGAGAUUCUCAGCUGGGAAAAAGCUUUCUAGGAGGAGCUUGGUGUCUUCUAAAAUGUUGUGAAUGCAACUCUACUUUAUUUUCACCUCUGCAAGUGCAGUAUAGAAAGCAUAUACUGCUGAAUAAUACCUGCAGACGUAUCCAGCACUGUUAGGCUGAGUUUAUAUGUGGAAAGGCAAAUCUUUAAAACUUCGUAUUGUGGAGGGGUGUGUGUGUGUGUUUUGCAAACUAAACUAGUAGACAUGAACAUGUAAUUUGCAAUCAAGUGGGUAAAAAAAAUUGUAAUUUUUGUUUGGUAUCUCAAAGCUUCACUCCCAAUGCUAAUUGCAGCUUCCGGGGAGAUAAUGUUCUGGGUUUUUUGGGUGACUUUGGGAUCAUGGUGAGGUGGGGUGAGAUUAAGCCCUCUCAGUGAAAAUUGUCCAGUUCCUGUGUUAAUUGUUUUGUAAACUGACAUGAUUGCAAAUGGCAUGUUGAGCAUUUCAUCCAAUUUGGCUCCAAGUAUGAGCAUUUUAAACAACGUCUGGUGCAGAGAGAGACAGACAGAUGAUGAGAAACAAAAUGAAAUGCUUCCUGUUCCUAACAGUGGCAGCACAAUAAUAUCACUAUUGGAACAAGCAAAAUCAUACGGAUUCUCAUUUGGAAGCAAUUCCUGCUUAUCUCAGUGGGAUUUACUUUCAUGGUUGGGUCCUGGGGAUUUCAAAUAUUUCCCUCUUUUUAAGCUCAUUUCCUUCCUUCUCUAAAAUAACACUUGCUUUUGUGGCACACAUUGGGCCUCUCCAGUUUCUGUGGGUCAAAUUAUGUUUGAAUUCAUUUCCUAGCAACGAGCUUCUCACUUUUCUCCUUAGAUUCCUUUUCCAGGAUUCACCAACUCAGUACAGUCAUAAUGCUUAACUGUGGUUUGCUUUCCUUUAGCCAAAGCUGAGCAUUGCAUCUGAGUCAUGAGUAAGAAUUGAUCACGAACCUGACUGCGAAAUGGUGGCAUGUGAUUAAUGUUUUCUUUCAUUUAAAGACUUACAUUCCUUUUUUGACUCAGAAGAAGAGAUCUGUAGUGGCCAAUAGGAUUCAGGUUUUAAAAAAAACAAAAGGCCAGUACAAAGCUAACUUAAAAAUGUAUAGCAUAAUCAGAACAACAACAAAGUAAUAACUGCUGUUGAGCAAACCAUGGUUAAGGCAGCUUCCCUGUUAACAGCAGCCUGGUCUUGCAUGGCCUCUGGGUGCAGAGUUUAGCUAGUUAAGAUAAACUGUGGUUGCUUUUGUUGCACAUUUGAGAUCUUCGGGGCCAAGGCAACAAACCAUAGUUGUGACUGCACUGGGCCUCUAACUUCUGGGUGUUUGAAUCCUGGAAACUGGGGCAGCUUAAGAAUGUAGGCUUGAUUAAGAGAUGGCAUGCCGCCAUCCUGCAAAUGUCUAGGAUUCGAUAAUGUUCUCAAAGGCUGACAAACUGCAAAUGAUAAGAGAUGGAUUUUGUCUCCAGGUGGCCAAGGGCAGCCCAGUCUCUUCUUAAGCAGCUCUGGAAGAGAGCAGAACCAUUAACUUGGGAAUUAGAGGGGUGUGUGUGUGUGUGUGAGAGAGAGAGAGAGAGAGAGAGAGAGAGAGAGAGAGAGACCAAUUUUGUUUCUUCCCUAACACUUUCUGGACUUUGCUCUUUCUCAUUUCCAGCUUGAGGUGUUUCGGAUGUUGCUCUUCACCCCUGCGGGAGAAGAAGAGCAAAGGAUGGUGGACAAUUUCCGUCCACUUCAGCCAAUAAUGGAUCGUACCGUCCGUUCCUCUUUCCUAAUCCAGCACCGACGGAACAUUGAAACAAGAUCAGACGAACAGAUACACCAUGCCCAGCAGGAAACGCCCCAGGCGGGGCACAUGCGCCUUUAAGAGGGGGGGAUAUAUAAAAUGUUUAUUAGCACUUUAUAUGUUUAGAAUAUAUCUUGAUGCAAGGUCACUUACUUUAAAGGGUAUUGGGUUUGUUUUGGGGUCCUUUCCUCUUCUAAUGAGCUGCUUUUUCUGUAGCACAAUAACCUGCUUUAACUUAAACCCCUCCUACAAAUAGCCAUUCAGACUAUGCAUCAAGUAGAAUUCCAAGCUUUGUCAUCAAGACUUCUCUAUUGCGGUAUAUAUAUAUUUGCAGAUUCUCAGUUUCAUAAGCUGUAUGGUGGCAAAAGAUGUUCCCAAGAGGACACAUUCAAGGAAAGACAUAACUAAAGCAUAGCUCUAGGAAAUUGAGAGUUUGCACAAGUAGAUGACUUUUUUAUGAAUGGACUUGUGCUUAUAUUGGUACACACGGUCCAAUUCUGUCUACCUCUGAGCUUUUUUAACUUUAUAACAGUUAUCUAAUUUUUCACUGUAUCUUUUGUGCCUACCAGAGGUGUUUGUUUUAGUUCUCUUAGAUCCAGGGAAUGAGCCUUUUCCACAAACCAGUGGAUUUAAAUGGAUUCUGGAUGAAAUUCUAAGUGUGCUUCCUUGGAAACGAGCUCAGUUAAGAUCAGCGGGACCAACUUCCAAGCAAAUGGGCAUAGGACUGGGCUUUGUGUGUACGUACACAUCAGUAUAUAUUUACUGACAUGGUUGGGACUCCCACGUGUAGACUUUGUCAUGAGCACACCUAUAAAUAUUUAUUUCCCCCCCUACGCUGUAGGCUGAUCUCAAGUCUCAAUUAUAUUUUUAAACAAAAGCCUGCAAAGCAUUUGUAUGAGCAGAAACAAGCCUCAUCCGGGAUCCAUCUUCUGCUAAAGCUAUCUUGAGAUUUAUCAUGUGCCAGGAUUAAUCAAUUGCUUUCAGCAUUGCAGCCCUUUUCAGACCCCCCCCCAAAUAUCACGUAAUAGUACUGAGGAGUGUUCUGUUACAGUUUCAGCAUGUACAUGUCAAAAGUAGAAAUAAAUUGCUCUAGCAGUUUUGAAAAACAAGCUUCAUUAGUCAUGUUACUUAAAUUAUAGGGUGAACUGAAACCCACUUUCUGCAAUCAUCAGUUUUUGUUUACAUGUGUGGCCUCAUUUUGCUUCAUACAAAAGUAGGAUUAAUUUUACGUUUUCCACUUGCCCACAGGGAGUGUCUUCAGCACACGGCUUGUUUUCUGCAAGGGUAUCCUCUCCUUUUCAACCAUAGUCUGGUGGGUCUUGUGUGCCAAAUAUAACCGGAGUAUAGCAAAAGUUAGAAUAUGGCACUAGCCGUAUGGAUAUAUUUGGACCAAUCUAUUCUCAGAAACUAAAUAGGGCAGGCGUGGAAAAUCUUUAGCCCUCCAGAUAUUGCUGAACUACAAAUCCCAUCAUCCCUGGCCCAUUGCUCAAGCUUGCUGGGGCUGAUAGGAGUUGUACUUCAGCAACAUCUAGAGGGUCCCCACACUUGACCUAAGGAUAGGAAGUCAGUUUGGCAUGCACAAUGGUUUUAAUCCUUGCAGAAGGUGGCAUAACUUUAGGUUAUGGCCAAUGUUAGUUCUACUCAGAGAAGACCCAUUCCAAUGAAUGGACAUGACUAACUUGGGCCCAUUAAUUUCAGUGGGUCUACCUAGUUGCAUCAACCCUUUAAUUCCACUUAGGCUGGUGAGAACAGGAGCCAGGUAGUUUACACAACUUUUAGGAAACAGGAUUGGCUUCUGUACUUCAGGGUUGUCUUUUUGACUUGUCUUUUUGAUAAAUGGCUUAUCUUCCUGACUGUUCUUAUGCCUGUGUAUUUAUAAAAUCUGCUAUCAUAUAUACCCCUUGUUCUGAAUAUGCUAAAUGAAUUGCUUUCAAAUUAGUAAUAGUGCGAUGCGGUGAUUCUGAUUUAAUUAAUGUGUCUCCAUGUGGCUUGGAUGUGGCAGAAACAAUUUAUAUAGGCUGUUAACACCUCUUUUCUAAAACAAAAAACCCUCAGACACUUAAGUUGGUGGAAUGGUUAAACACAAUGCGUAUUUACAAACCUCUCCUCCUGUUGCCAGAAGUUAUUUCAGUUUUAUCCUCCUUUUAGGGAGGAAACAUGAACUGUUUCAUUGUAUGGAGAGCGCCUGUGACUAGAUAAAAAAUCUACUGAAUUGCAUUGUACUUGGAACGAAAGAACAAUAGCACACUGUGUUGAGAGCAGUACUUGCUGAAGAAUAACGUAAUGGUUCAUUAUGCUCCUGGACUGCAUGAAACAUGCACUCCAAAAGCAAUCUGGGUGCUUUGAAUACCAUUGUAUUUGCCUGUUCGCUUGAGCAGUAACCAUAAAGAAUACCAAGCAAACUGCCUACUGGGCAUUUUUUAAAAAAAAUUCUGUAAAUCACUGGGGCCUCCCAAGGGAGAUCUGGAUGGAAGCUGGAUGGUUUGCCUGGCCUCCUCCCUCCAUCUUCCCAGUGGAGUGGCUAGGUUGCGUGCAGAAGCAGCGCAUGAACGUGCUGGCACAAUACAGUGUUGUGGGACCCCCGGAGCCAAGCAGGGCUUUUCAUGAAUGCUAGGCCAGAGGUUUCUGAAAUGGCUCAGAAGCAUUUGAACCUCUCAAGAUAAGAGAAGCAGAGAGCACUGAUUUGCAAGCUAUUCUGGGGGCAUGUACAAGCCCAUAUAAAUAAAUUGUGAUACGUCUGCAAAAAAAAAAACACAAAAAAAGUGCUUUGGCAUCUCAGAAUGGAAGAACUGGUUGCAUAUAAAAUGGCUCUGAAAUAUGUGAUAGGUAAAGGGUUUGUCUGCUUUAAGCUGAUAAAUGUCUGUACCAUUUGCUUUUAAUGGGGGAACCACGUUAUAUGCAUUGCAAGGAAUCAAACUCACUGUGUAACUAGGCCUCAGCAAUAUUAAUAAUUUGACCCCAUUCUUCUACUCCCUCCUAUUUUGUCCUCUAUUUUUGACAGAUAUUCUUAUGCGAAAACCUUCUCUGCCUCUUCUUUCCCUGCAUUUCAGCGUUGAGUGCCAACUGUACAAAAAUGCCCCUCUCCAAUCUUCCGCCUGACUCCUGGCUGCUAUGAAUCAAUGUCUGGAAAGAAACUUCUACACCAUCCAGUAUCAUAAUGCCUGUAAAAGGGCUUCUGGGUGCAGCAUCUUGCCUCUGGGUGUGUGGGGCCCUCCAGCAAAUCCUUGCCCUGUGAUAAAGCUGAUGCUGUCCCAAGAACAGAAUACGUCUAAACUGAAGCAAGUUCUGGGACUAGUGGAGAUUCUUUGUUCUAUACCAGGCAUGUCCAACAGGUCGGUUGCAAUCUACCUGUCAGGGAACUGCCAUCAGUGCCGGAGGGAGAGAGAGAGCUCCAGAGGGAUUGGGAGAGGCAGCCCAUCUUCUGGGGAAGGGAAUCAGCCCAGCUCCAGUAGAGAAGGGGGGCAGAUGGGGGAAUCUGAGAGGGAGUCACAGGACUCCUUGCCUGGGACCAGCGGGGGGAGGAAGGGUCCUCCGCUGCCUACGCCUUCCUUGCGCAGAAGGCUUCCGCGCAGGGAAAGUAGGAGGCGACUGGGCAUGAAAGAACUUCUUUGCUGGAAGAAGUUUAAGAAAUGCCCACUGACGGAUUCUGCCAGCGACUGAGACAGCCACGGGUGAGUGGCUGUCCGGACAGAAAAGGUUCACUUAGGCAACCCAGCCAGGUGUGGGCACCGGCUUACGCACGAGCAACCCCUUGAACCAUUACACUACCAGUCGAUCGCAGGACAUUAAUGGUUGAUUGUGUCCAAUUAAAGAAGUAGGGGGAAAAGUAACUGUGCCUCCCCCCAAAAAUGCUCAACAGCUUUGCCUCCCCCCAUAAAAGCUCAAUAACUUUGCCUGGCAAUGACAAUGGGUAGAUCACAGCCAGUAUUUUUAUACUGUUAGUAGAUCACAGUCACUUGGGAGUUGGACGUGCCUGUUCUAUACAAAUCGUCUGCUGUAGGAUUGUGUCAUAAAGAUGGUAUCUAAAUCAAUUAGCUAUUGAAUGCUAGGACCAGCUCCAGAUAUUGGCUAGAACGUAAAACUGUGUAUGUAGCAAAUAGCUGAAAUUUUGGAGCAAAGCAAUUAUCCUGAUAGUUGAAAGUCACCUGUGCAUUAUCUCUGGCCUUGGGGCCACUUUUGCUUCAGGUAUAAUUAUGCCGUGUGAGCAAGGAGUCCCUUUGAUGUGACAAACGCCGCUUGUCUGAGUAUUAGCACAUGGAGUACUGAUUCUAUAAUUGAAUCUUCUUCAAAGGGUCCGUGGCUGAAUGCAAGGACCGGAGUGGUAAUAGGGCAAGCACUCAGAGCUGUUACUCCUAUGUUCUGCAUGGUAACUUCAAAGCUCUGAGUGCAAAAUAAUCCCCUCUCCUUUUGCAGAAGAGACGAGUUUCAUAUAUUUGAAAUGGCUGGAAAUGGACAUAAUCUAAUUUUACCGUGUGAGUGGGUGGAAAGAGUGCUGGACCCGAAUUCAAAUGGUUACCAGCCACAGGCUCCUCAGAGGGUGUAUACUGCACAUUUCUACUCCUUCAAGCAGGAUAUGUUUCUCCAUCCAUAAAAUGGGGGUUGCCAUUGUAUUCGCAGCAGAAGGAAUGAGAAUGGGAAGCCUUUGGGCCUACCCUGAACCAUUGGGGAUAUGGCAGGCCAUUCACCUAAACAGAUGAAGUUCAUUUGAGCUGCUUCUGAAAAACUGAAAGGAGUAAGUUGAAUGAAACCAAAAGCCAGGCAAACAGCUUGAUCUUAGAAUUGAACGGAACGUGAAUGGUUGCUUGCAAAUCUUCACUGGACUGAAUUAGGAAAGAGAGGGAAAAAAAUUACUGGCCCCAACAUAAAUUUCAGGGCCCACCCUAUUCUGGUGAUUGUAAUCUGUUUUAACUGUUUUUCAUCUUAAAUUGUUGGUAACCUGCCCUGGGACCUGCUGGGGAAGGAUUUGUAAUAAAUAAUCAUCUUAAUUU